UGCACAUAAUUAUCGCCCUCAUUUUUCUGCGUGGCAACACUUCUGAUAUCAGCAAUCAUAGACGGGCAUUUAAAGAAAACUCUAAAACUACAGACUAGACUUUAAUGAGAUGGCUAGUUUAGAGGAAGAUAAGCCAAAUAAUCUAUUUGUACAUGAAAAUUCUUGUAGUAAGACUUUUAAAGAAGAGUCUGAUUUGCAAGUUAAUAAAAGCCAGAAAUCUGAUACAUGUUAUGUAAGUGAUAAAUCAUUUGCAGGGGAAGCAAUUUUGUCAGAACAUAUGUUGGGCAGCGAAAUGGAAAAGAGCAACGUAUGUGGAGAGAUAUUUACUCAAAAAGUAUUAUUGCAAAAACAUAUGCAAUCCCAUGGAGGUAAAAAACGUCAUGCAUGUGAAAUGUGUGACAAGACCUUUGCUUCAAGAACUACCUUAGAGGAACAUUUACGCGUCCAUACAGGUGAAAAACCGUAUGUUUGUGAUGUAUGUGGGAAGUCUUCUUCACGAAGACAAUUCCUACAAUUACAUAUGCGUGUUCAUACAGGUGAAAAGCCUUAUGAAUGUGAUAUAUGUAAUAAGAAAUAUAAAAAAAAGGAUAAUUUAAGAUCGCACAUGACUUGUCAUAAACCUGAAAAUGACGAGAAACCUCAUGUUUGUCACACAUGCAAAAAGGCAUUUACUUCAGAAUGGAAUUUAAAGGAUCAUAUGCAAUCCCAUUUAGGUAAAAAACGUCAUGCAUGUGAAAUGUGUGACAAGACUUUUGCGGGAAGAACUGCUUUAGAGGAUCAUUUACGCGUCCAUACUGGUGAAAAACCAUAUGUUUGUGAUGUAUGUGGAAAGUCUUCUGCACGAAGAACAUUCCUACAAUUACAUAUGCGUGUUCAUACAGGUGAAAAGCCUUAUGUAUGUGAUAUAUGUAAUAAUAAAUAUAAAACUAUGCAUAAUUUAAGAUUACAUAUGACUUGUCAUAUUCCUGAAAAUGCUGAAAAACCUCAUGUUUGUCACAUAUGCAAAAAGGCAUUUACUUUAGAAUGGAAUUUAAAAGAUCAUAUGCAUACUCACAGAGCUAAGAAAGCUAAGAAACCUCAUGUAUGUGUUAUGUGUGGCAAGACCUGUGGUACUAACUUUCUUCUACAGAUUCACAUGCGUAUACAUACAGGUGAAAAGCCAUUUGAGUGUGACAUGUGUGACAAGUCAUUUAGGUCACAGCUUGUAUUAAAGCAGCAUAAACGUACACAUUUACAACAGAAGCCUGAAAUUAAAAUUCAUAAACGUGACCCUGUCCAUAUCAUUCGUCAUUCAUAUGAGUGUGAUAUGUGUGACAAGUCAUUUGGGUCACGUAUUGUAUUAAAGCAGCAUAAACGUACACAUUUACCCCCGAAGCCCGAAAUUAGUAAACGUGACCCUGUCCAUAUAAUUUAUUCUUGUGAUAUAUGUGAUAGAUCUAUUACAUUGAAAGGAAGUAUAAGGAAGCACAUGGAGAGACACAUGGUUGGAAAUUUUUACGUAUGUAAGAAAUGUAAUAAGUUAUUUACACAAAAAGCUGAUUUACGAACACACCUGCAAAUUAGUAAAGGGGAGAAAAGUUCUCCCUGUGACAGAUGUAGUAAAGCAUUUAGGUACAAAUGUGCAUUAGAAAUGCAUAGUCUUGUACAUGCCACUAAAAAGCAACAGGUGCAGUAUGUACCCAUAAGGAAAAAAACUGAUUAAGAAAAAAAAAAUUUAUAAAUUGUUUUUAUGCCAACAUGAAUGACAUAAUUUUAUAGAAGACGUAAUUUUUAUAUAUAUGUAUAUAAAAGUACAAGGCAAAGAUAAGAUAGCACUUUUCGAUAAUAUGGCAGAUUCCUAACACUAGUAAAAUGUCUAAGAAUAUUAAAUGCAGACUUCUGAAUUUCUCUGGGUAGGUGACACAAAGGCAAUUAGUGAAAAGUAUUUGCAUAUUAAUAUCCAAAUUUGGAGCAUUCUAAAUAAUGGAAAUUCUAAUACUGCCAGGUAGUAAAAACUAUAUUGUAACUGUUUGUUGAAAUGAUCUAUACAGUAUAAAGUCCGUAAUAUGGACGUUCAUUAUCCGGAAUGAUCUAUAAUCUGGACCUCAAAGCCACAAACUUUAUGCAAUCACGUAAAGAAUGCUUUGCGCAAGUAUGCGUUAAAAGAAACGUUUAAUAAAGUAAACAAAUAAAUAUUUAUCUUUUUUUUUUUUUUUUUUUUUUUUUUUUUUUUUUUUUUUUUUUUUUUUUUUUUUUUUUUUUU